AUGCUGAGAGUUCGGAAAAGGGGCUACUUUAGCGCUUUCUCGUUCCCUUUGCUAGUGGCGAUGGUCUGUGCACAAAGUGUCAAUGAUCCCAGUAAUAUGUCAUUGGUAAAGGAGACGGUUGAUAGACUGCUGAAGGGCUAUGACAUCCGUUUGAGGCCAGAUUUUGGAGGUGACCCUGUGCGUGUUGGCAUGAACAUUGACAUUGCCAGUAUAGAUAUGGUUUCUGAAGUCAAUAUGGAUUACACUUUGACAAUGUACUUCCAGCAAGCUUGGCAGGACAAACGGCUAUCCUACUCAGAAAUACCUUUGAAUCUCACCUUGGACAACAGAGUGGCUGAUCAACUCUGGGUUCCUGACACAUACUUCCUUAACGAUAAAAAGUCUUUUGUGCAUGGUGUGACUGUAAAGAAUCGAAUGAUCCGCUUGCACCCAGAUGGCACAGUUUUAUAUGGUCUCAGAAUUACCACAACAGCUGCUUGCAUGAUGGACUUGCGAAGAUAUCCACUUGAUCAACAGAACUGCACACUUGAAAUAGAGAGUUAUGGAUACACGACAGAUGACAUUGAAUUCUACUGGCGUGGAGCUCCUCGAGCAGUAACUGGAGUGGAGAAGAUUGAGUUGCCACAGUUUUCUAUCGUUGACUAUCACCUAAUUUCCAAGAAUGUUGUUUUCUCUACAGGUUCUUACCCCAGGCUGUCACUCAGUUUCAAGCUUAAACGAAAUAUUGGUUACUUUAUUCUGCAAACGUACAUGCCUUCCAUCUUGAUCACCAUCCUCUCAUGGGUGUCUUUCUGGAUUAAUUAUGAUGCAUCUGCUGCACGAGUUGCUUUAGGUAUUACUACGGUACUUACAAUGACCACAAUCAACACCCAUCUGCGGGAGACACUUCCAAAGAUCCCCUAUGUUAAAGCCAUUGACAUGUACUUGAUGUGCUGCUUUGUGUUUGUGUUUUUGGCCCUGUUGGAGUAUGCCCUGGUUAAUUACAUCUUUUUUGGAAGAGGACCACAACGUCAAAAGAAGAUUGCAGAGAAAGCAGCAAAAGCUAACAAUGAAAAGACAAGAGCAGAAGCCAAGAAACUUCAAAUGGAUCCACAUGAAAACAUUCUCCUGAGCACGCUUGAGAUUAAGAAUGAAAUGAGUGCUGCUGAGAUGACAAUGGGUAUCACUGAUCCCAGAAGCACCAUGAUGCCGUAUGACAGCUCUGGAAUUCAGUAUAGGAAGGCAGGAUUGUCAAGGCACAACUUUGGAAGAAGCGCCUUGGAAAGACACGUGGCCCAAAAGAAGAGCAGGCUACGAAGGCGUGCUUCCCAGCUGAAAAUUAACAUUCCUGAUUUGACUGAUGUGAAUGCCAUUGAUAAGUGGUCAAGGAUGAUAUUUCCUCUUGUUUUUGGAUUCUUCAAUGUGAUCUACUGGCUGUAUUAUGUGAAUUAA